GGAGGAGGCGGCGGCGGCAGCGGGGAAGGCGGCGGAGGAGGGAGGGGGCCGUGGCCAGCCCAUCUUGCUGGGCGAUGGGCCUGGGCUACGCAGCGGGGUGAGGAGGGUACGACCUGGGUCGGAUAAGACAUUUUCAAAGUGUUCACUAUGGUCCGAGAAAGAAAAUGUAUAUUGUGUCACAUCAUAUACAGCUCAAAAAAGGAGAUGGAUGAGCACAUGAGAAGUAUGCUUCACCACAGGGAACUUGAAAAUCUGAAAGGGAGGGACAGCAAUCAUGAGUGCCAGGUGUGCAGGGUGACAGUGGUGGGCUUGUCGGCGUAUGCCAAGCACAUCUCCAGCCAGCUGCACAAAGACAACAUCGAAGCCCACGAUGGAGAAGAAGGGAAAGAAGAGACUAACGAAGAAUACUUUGACAAGGAACUCAUCCAGCUAAUUAAACAAAGAAAUGAGCAGAACCGGGCAGGUGAAGUGUGCCGUGUGAACCAUGAAACAGAAAACAAUGACAGGAGAUUACAAAGAAGACAAGAUGAAAGAACUUAUCAAGACCGAGACACUUACGAUUCAUCAACAAGAUAUCAUUGUGGACCAUCGCAGAGGGAGUGGAACUGGGAAGGUGAUGGUUUCUUAAAUCCCAGACAAGGCCAAUUCACACAUCCUGCAAGGAAUCCUAAGAAUGCAAACAGGCAUCUGAACAAGCAAAGAGGACGACCUGGGUGGCAUCAAAAUAAUACUGGAGUGUCUCCAAAUCGCUAUCAUAACUAUGGCAAUAAUGGAGGUGCUUGGCAUCAGAAUGCCAGAGGAGGAAUACCAGGAUGGCACCAUGGCAGCAGGGGAAGAAGUUCCAAGUGGAAUUCUGAAGGAGAAAAUACAUUUUCUUACUGGCAAGCCAAAAAUUCAGGUGGAAACUGGAAGCCUGGUCGACAAAACGGAAGGGGGUGGAAUUUAGGAAGAAGCAGGGCUCCAAACAAUAGUUCCCAGUUAGAUAGUGUGGAUGCUUCCUGGUUAAAAAGCAAAAAUGCGCAGGAUAAAUACAAUAUAGAAAGAUAUGCAUGGCAGUGGCAGGACAGUAGUUCUGGGGUGCCUUAUAUGGGCCUUGCUAAUGAAAAUGACAACACGGAUUGUGAUUUGGAUUUCACUAGUGAUCAGCUUCCUUCAGAUGGGUUACUAAACUUUGGUGUUUCUGAGCAACCAGAGAGCAAGACCUCCAAAGUCAAUGGAAAGAGCAACAGCCCUUCCCGAGAAAAAACAAAUCGCUGGGCUCCAUAUCCCUCUCUAAAAACAAUAGAACAGCAGCCACUGUGUGAUGAGAAUGUAGCUACAACUCCAGAGAAAGCAGAGUCCGGUCGCCUGUCAUGCUCUCCAUUGUCUCCAAAAUGCACAGAUCCUAAAACCAAUAACCCCAAACUGAAAAAAUGGGAAGAGACUUAUUCAGCAUCCCCCAAUUACAAAAUGGCAUCCAACAAACUUGUACCAUGUAAGAAGGCAGUAGACUUAAGCAGUGAGAAAAAAUCAGACCAAGCUGAAGGCAAAGGUAACAGGAUGCCAUCUUUGAAGUCCCCACUUCUGGCUAUUCCCGAUAUAAAGCCAUCUUCUCAAAAAAGAAGCCCAAAGAAUCUCUUGAAACAUGUCCAGCUUUUGUUAUCCUCAUCAUCCGGAGAAAGCCAGAGCCAACUAAAUGCACUAAAUUUAGAUGCUAACAAUUCCUCCUCCUCUGGAUCCAAGCUGAGUAAUGAAUGUAAUGGCCAUAACAGUUUAAAAGGCACCACACAUGUGCGUAGCAGCACUGAAAAUCUAGACGAAGCAUUAAAAAAUGCCAAAGAAGAACUUGAGUAUAGCCAGUCUUUCCAAAACUCUUGCUUGAUACCUUGUAGAGAUACUCAGACUGAUGGGAAUGACAAAUGGAGUACUGAAGGUCCAGGAUUGUCUCUGAAGAUGCAUGAGCCCCAGAUAGAUGGACUGGCGGAUGAGAACUCUGGAGAUGGAACAGGAACCAAAAAUACUCACUCUAAUGCUUUCUCAACUUGUGAUCUUGCUGAACCUGACCAUACGGCAACUAAAAAAGGGGGCUAUCUAUUAGAGUUGAAGAAUACUGAUAACAAAUAUACCAAAUUCCAAAUGGGCUCCCUAUCUCUAUCCAACUUUCAAGAUGACCUAGAUACAGACUUGAAAGCAUCCCUGGAAGAGGAUGGUGACAGAAGCACGACUAAAUCAAAUGAUGCUCCAGAAGAGGAAAGCUAUGCAGUUCAUUCUAAUCACGAGCUGCAGAAAGAUGCAGGAGGGCAGCCCUCUGGCCCUCUUCUUCCUGAACUGAGUAAACUUGGCUUUCCAGCUUCUCUCCAAAGAGACCUAACAUGGCGCACCAACCUGAAGAGCAAAACUGGCUCACAUCUACCUGAGCCUAACCUGAACAGUGCAAGGCGCAUUCGCAACGUCAGUGGCCACCGGAAGAGCGAAGCUGAGAAAGAAUCAGGGCUCAAGCCUACUUUGCGACAGAUUAUUAGCGUGUCUCGAAGAAAUGUAAACUGGGAGCAGGUAAUUCAGCAGGUGACAAAGAAGAAGCAAGAACUUGGCAAAGGUUUACCCAGGUUUGGCAUUGAGAUGGUUCCUCUCAUCCAGAAUGAACAAGAGGAACUUGAGUUGGAUGAAGAAGGUGACCUGACCAGCCUUGAAGGUUUCCACUGGGAAGGGAUAUCCCUAGGCUCCCCUGGGACUGUUAGGAAACGUAGUCUCUCCGAAAGCAGUGUGGCUGUAGAUAAGACCGCCUCUGUUUAUAGUUUUUUCAGCAGUCAAGGCCCAAGCAAAGAAAAUGAACAAAUGAGCUCGGUUGCCAACACUGAGGAUGUAACAUACGGCUCCCAGAUGCUUGCAGUUGCUGUGGCUGGUGUGAAACAAGAGUCUUCUUCCCUUCCCUCCUCACCGUACAUGUCUGACAGGACUGAUUCCAGGGGAAGGAGGCUCAGCCUACAGUCUCCCCCUAAUGUUAACAGACUCACAGCGUUUAGUGCAGGACAAAGCCCAAGAAGCCCUGACUACAGGGCCCAGGCCUUUGAAACUCAAGACAUGCUGGAGAGUCCAGGGGAAAGGUUCUGUAUGGCGUCAGCCCUUGCAGCAUUCAGCACUCUAGAGGCCGCUACAGACAGCAGCUACACAUCGGGCAACGAGCAGAAUGACAGCCAGGGAAUUGGCAAAAAAAGAAGAGCGACCGGAGAGGGAUCCUCUCCUGAAAUUCCAAGUCUAGAAAGAAAGAAUAAAAGAAGAAAGAUUAAAGGCAAAAAAGAGCGUUCGCAGGUAGACCAGUUGUUGUCUAUUUCUCUGAGGGAAGAAGAAUUGAGUAAGUCCUUGCACUGUGUGGAUGGAAGCCUUGUGCCAGCUCGAGCUGCUCUGCAGGCAGCUUAUAUUGAAGUCCAGCGACUGCUUGUACUGAAACAGCAGAUAUCGGUGGAAAUGGGCACUUUGAGAAGCCAAAGAAUUCAGAUCCUGCAGGGAUUGCAAGAAACCUAUGAACCUUCCGAACAGCUGCAGCAACUUCAACCCAGUGGCUCAAAUGUAAAAAGAAACAACAAACUUCAGACAACACAGGAUCUAAUUGCUAAUCCAGGUGGUCUUGUUCCUCUUUUGGAAUCUGCUUCACCUCUCUCUGCCCAGAUACCUGCAGUUCCUUUGGCAGCUCCUGUCCAUGCAAGCACUCCACCUACAUUCCAAAUCACUAGUGGCAUUGGAGCCAUCACAAUCCCUGAUUCAUCUGUUCAAAUCAAGCAAGAACCUGCAUCUCCAAAGCCUAGAGAGGAGAGCAUGAAUAUUCCUGAACAGAGGUUUCCAUGUUCUUCACAGGGAGAAGCUCUGUUUCAGAAUGGGAAUGCGAGCCAACAACCUUUGCUGUACCCAGUUAUCUCUGCUACCAUGUCUUUGUCUGCACUUAUUGAUUUCCAAGAGUCUAAUCAAGAUAUGCAGAAACCUGUUCCAGAUAAGGGAAGGGCCAGGUCUUCCCCCAGCUAUUCACCAUCGCUCUUGGCAGAGAAGGCAGAAGAAAACAAAAUCCCACCAGACAACACAGUUGUAGAACAGUGCAGCAGCUCCUUUCAGAGCCCAACCUUCCCCCCUGAACUGCCUGCGGAUGAAGAUCCCAGACAGGCAACGGAGCAGAUGGCAGUUUCUGCACUGGUCUCCGUGGAGAGCAAAAUGAGCAAGAAAAAGAAGAAGUUGAAGAAGAAGAAAGCACUGCGAGCAGCCCAUGUCCCUGAGAACAGCGAUACAGAGCAGGAUGUAAGUGAAAUGAAGCCUUUAAGGAAAGUCAAGAUGGUAAAGGGGACCAGAGGGGGGAAAGUUACAACAUCCACCCCUCCAAAGCAAGAGGAUGCAGAGGCUGCUCAGGAAGGAAAGCGGAAGAAAGACGAGAAUGAGAGUGACACGUCUCUGGAAUUUGUGGAAGUCCCCAAAUCUCCUCUGGAAGUGGUUGCCAUCAGUUCAUCAGAAUCGGGGGAUGAAAAACCAGACAGCCCUUCUAAGAGGGAUGCGCUGAGUUCCUCAGAGCAGCUUCUGAGAGAGGCGUCUCGGUCUGGCUACGAUGAAGUGAGCUCUACCAGUGAGAUUGGAACAAACUACAAGGAUGGCAUUGGUAGAAGUGUGGCUGAGACUCAAACGUCCAUAUCUUCAAUAAGAGGAUCAAAAAACUCAUCAGAAGUCUCCUCAGAGCCAGGCGAAGAGGAAGAACCUACGGAAGGGGCCUUUGAGGGUCAUUCAGCUUCAGUGAAUGCGAUUCAGAUUUUUGGGAAUUUGUUGUACACCUGCUCAGCAGACAAAACCAUCCAUGCAUAUAACUUGGUGAGCAGGAAGUGUGUUGGUGUCUUUGAAGGGCACACCUCAAAAGUGAACUGCAUCCUGGUGACUCAGACAACAGGGAAGAAUGCAGUGCUCUAUUCGGGCUCCAGUGACCACAAUAUAAAUUGUUACAACAUCAAGACUAGGGAACUUGUGGAUCAAAUUAAAUUGGACGAUCGUAUACUCUGUCUGCACAGUAGAUGGAGAAUUCUUUAUGCCGGACUUGCUAAUGGCAGCGUGGCCACUUUCAAUAUAAAGAAUAACAAACCGCUUGAUAACUUUGAGUGCCAUGCUCCUAGGGCAAUCAGUUGUCUUGCCACAGCUCAGGAAGGAGCACGGAGGUUGCUGAUUGUGGGAUCCUACGAUUGUACAAUCAGUGUGCGAGAUGCCCGGAAUGGUUUGUUGCUUCGAACCCUUGAAGGUCAUAGCAAAACGGUGCUCUGUAUGAAGGUUGUGAAUGAUCUGGUCUUCAGUGGUUCCAGUGACCAGUCUGUCCAUGCCCACAAUAUACAUACUGGAGAGCUGGUGCGGAUUUAUAAAGGACACAACCAUGCAGUGACAGUUGUGAACAUCCUGGGUAAAGUGAUGUUAACAGCUUGCCUGGACAAAUGUGUUCGUGUUUAUGAGCUACAGUCCCACGAUCGUUUGCAAGUCUACGGAGGACACUCGGAUAUGAUUAUGUGCAUGACCAUUCACAAGAGCAUGAUCUACACUGGCUGCUACGAUGGUACUAUCCAAGCUGUGCGGCUCAACUUGAUGCAGAAUUAUCGUUGUUGGUGGCACGGGUGUUCACUGAUAUUUGGAGUUGUGGACCACCUGAAACAGCAUUUGUUAAAUGACCAUACAAAUCCAAAUUUUCAAACGCUGAAAUGUCGCUGGAAGAAUUGUGAUGCCUUCUUCACUUCUCGGAAAUGUUCCAAGCAGGAUGCUGUGGGACAUAUUGAAAAACAUGCCGAAGAAGAUAGCAAGGUUGACUCAUGAAGGUGUUUUUGUUUUUUUUGCCUCCCACAUUGGGAAGUACCUUUUAUAUACUGGAAGUAUUCCAUGCCUUGUCCACCUCUUGCCCUCUCCUUUUUCCACCUUCAGUUUAUAUUUGGACUGCAAAAAGGACGUGGGCUGUUUUCUUUUCUUUUCUUUCUUUGCUACAGAGACAGCAUUUUGCUUGCAACUCUAUAGAGAAGGGAUUGAUGAACAGACUCAGACCAAACAAAUUGUUUUAAUUUGUUAGCAGAAACAAACAAAAAAUUCCUGUUAUCCUAUCAAAGAAGUACAUUGUGCACAUCUAAGCCUUUAUUAGUACUCACGUUGGUGCCUAAAAAACACUGUUGAGCCAUCUAUUUUUAUGUUGUACGCAGGAUUGCCCAGGCAUUUUACACUUCUGUCUUUAAACAAUUUAAAUAAAGAAACAACAACUCAGACUAGAAAUACCAACAAAGCAUUCAGCUCUCUAUUUCCUUUCAUUAUAACAUCUUUUGAUGAAAGAUAUUAAUGGGGAAUAUUAGAAGAAAUGGAUUCCUUUUUUAUUUUUGGUUGAUCUUCAGUGGGUUAUCUUAAAUUCCAAAUGCCACAUCGGCGCAGUGAGUUGCCACAGUCCUUGUACCUCUCUGUAUCUGUUACAAAGAGGUUUGUGAUGAGGUGCAAAAUACUGCAUUGCUUAAACAGCAAAAUAGCUGUUUUCUAAACACAUUGGGUGAUAGUUAAUGUUACUCUAACUCUGAAUAGACCUGCUGAAAUCAAUGAAGUAACUUCAGUCCAUUGAUUUCAUUGGGUGCACUCUUAUAACUUAGGGGGUAUUACCGAUUUAAUGGAACUUUUUUGUUAUUUUUAUAUUGAUAAGCACGUUGAUGCAAAAAGACGACUGCAGAUAAUGAUUUCAGCUUUUAAACAUUCGUUAUCUAUAUGUUUGCAUCCAGUGCUUUCUUACCACGUUAAUGGGACUAUGCCCCUGAUUCUUAAGAGCUUGUUUUGUAAAUGGAUGACCUUGUGGUGUUUUUAAAUUGCUGAGUUUUUGGAGUGUCCACUUCUUUCUGUUCAGCAUCCUGUAUUUUCAAUGCAGCUUUUGGAUGGCCAUCGUCUCCUACUAUAAUCUGGUUUUGUUUCUGAUGACUACAUGAUUGAACGUUACCAUGCAACAGAAAAUGCUGUGGGGUAUAAAAUGCAAAAUUGUGAAGUCCAAGGAGCCCAAGCAGAAGCUGAGAGUAUUGUGUGUGUGUGUGUGUGUCUGUGUGUGUGUCUGUGUGUGUGUGUUUUGCCACCGUCUGGUGCAUAAUGACGGAAGUAGCAACCUGAGAAACUAAUGUAGUUUUAAAACAGUAGUCACAAUGCAAAGAAAUGAAAGGUGUGCAUGUGCGUUGGAAAGAAAUGUGCAUAUGCGCAGUGGUGUUUGGGGUUUUUUGAGGCAGCAGUUCCUAGUUUGGUUCAUAAAGUUUGGUCUCAGCCAGUGUUUUUGUUCUCAUUGGCUUCAGUCUUUUUCUGGAUCGUUUCAGAGGAAAACUGGAAUUCUCAAUAACAAUCUAGAGCUGUCUGGCUGUGUAGGUCUUGACUUGUUUCAGUUUUCUUAAUUCAGAUUAUGCAUACAUAUUAAAAGAGCAAUGUGUGUUUGAAAUCAGCAUUUAAAAAGUGAAAGUUAAUGCUCCCAUAGGGAAAGUGUUCUCAGCAGCUUGGUGUAAGACAGGCAUCCCCAACCUUCAGCCCUCCAGAUGUCUUGGACUAUAAUUCCCAUCAUCCCUGACCACUGUUCCUGCUAGCUAGGGAUCAUGGGAGUUGUAGGCUGAAACAUCUGGAGGGCCGCAGGUUGGGGAUGCCUGGUAUAAGAUAUAGAACAGGCCUACAGCUGGAGAUUGCAUUUCAGCUUGCCAGCUUGCCAAAGAACUUGGAGAUAUUAAGGACUUUUGGAACACACUCCAGUAUUCUUACUGCAUUUUAAGCCUUAGCUUUUUGAUGAGUGAAACAGACCAUCAAAGGAAUAUCACCCCCCCCCACCCCAAUACCUACAAAUCUGGCUUCCAUGAUCUUAAGAAAUUGUGCUAGCAGAGAAGUGAAACAAGUUCUCCCUUUGAAAUCACCAUCUCUGUCUCAAGAUACAGUGUUCUCCUUCUGCCUUUCACACAUGUCCAAACUGUCUUCAAACCAGCUUGCGCUAGGGUUCUGUUGUUGAAGAGGGGAAAACUUUCCAAUGAAUAGUGGUAACCACCUGCAAUCUGUUUGCCGGAGAUUUCUGAGGCGUGUUGUUUUCUCUUGCCAUUUUUGAGAGCUUUUCUCACAAUGAGACCAUCAGAAAUAAAUAAUAAAGUGAGCAGAUUGUUAGCGCAUUCAGUCCAUAGAUGGGAGCACGUAAGUGUGUGUGUGUGUGUGUGUGUGUGUGUUUUAUAAAAAAGGAUUGUUUUUAUAUCUGCCUUAGUUGAAUGUGAUUGGAAUGAAAUUGCAGAGCCAGGGAGAGUGUAAGAAAAUUAUGUGGAGUGCAGUGUUUGUCUUGAGGAUUAGUCAGUGAAUGGAUUUUAAUUUUGCAUCGUCCUCAAAGGUUCUUCUCUUUACUGGAAGAGGAUGGUAACUUUUUUGGCAAAAAUGUAUACUUAAGUGUGUGUGUUUUACUAAAUUGUUGCAAGUGAUGCACAACUUGCACUAUUUACUUACGUUCUUGGUUGUUUUAGUAGAUAAGAGGUAUGUGUGUGUUUUUAAGGUGAAUGUGAAGACAGAUUUUCCUUUAAUCCGUUUUGGGAUGCUUAGAUCAGCCUUCUCCAACAUAGUGCCCUCCAGAUGUGUUGAACUGCAACAUCAGCCCCCAGCCAGAUGGCCAAUGAUCAGGGAUGAUUGUAGUCUAGAACAAGUGGAAAGCACCAUGUUAGGGAAUACUGCCUUAGAUAAUUUUCAAAUUGGUUUAGCAAUAAGGUUGAGUCAUGUCUUAACAAAAGUUGGUUCCAUAUGUUUGUCUUUAUUUGAGAAGAACUGUUCUAAACCAUGCCACAUGUUCAUAAUUUAUUAUAAAACGAUAGACGGUCCCAUUGCUUCAGUUCACUGCAGUAAUUUCUCCCUAGAACUGCAGAGUUUCUUCAUUCAGAUUGUAUUUUUCUUUUUCUUUUUAGUUCAGGAAUAUUUUAGUUUUUUGGUUUGAGGUUCUGUUCUCUUGAGGUUCUUCCUUCAGAUUCUGCCAAAAGCAUGG